AUGGUCGAAACAAAAUCCGAUACAUCUGACCUUCAGCGCUUUGAUGAAAUGUGGCUUCAUCUAACACCUCGUGGAGCUACCGUUCCUUACAACGUUUGUUUCGAUUCAGAAGGAAACGUUUGGGUAGCAACGAAAGGGGGCUUAUUCAAAUUCGACGGAACGCGUAGAACUACCAUAUGGGAACGAAAGAAUUUGUUCCCGAAGAAGAUGGCGCCUUUUCCACAGGUGCUGUUCCACAAGGAUAUGAUAGUCUACACUUGUGCUGAAGAUAAAGAACGAACAACGGAGUUGAGAUUUUUCACGAUGGCUGGUGAAAUGAAGCAUGAAAGUUUUAUAGAUGGAUUGCUGAUAUCUUUGACCAUUGCUGAAAACGGUGACAUGUAUGUUAGCAAGCAACCGGAGGGACCGAAAUCCGUUAUAUACAAGUUAGUCAUGCUAUCACAGUCUUAA